ACGACAAGAAGAAGAAGGAAGCUGCUCAAAAGAAGGCCUCUGAACAAAAAAUCAAAGGGGAGCUGAAUGAUCACAAACAAGGAAAAGAAAUAAUUCCCAGAGGAAAAAAAGCAGUGCCAGAACAAAUAAAGCCCAGUGUCAGCCAGCCUCAGCCUGCCAUCUCUAAUAACGGCACUUCCACAGCAACCAGCACUAAUAAUAAUGCCAAGCGGGCCUCAGCCAACAGUCAACAACAACAACAGCAGCCACAGCAGACCUUGCCUCGUUAUCCUCCUCGUGAAGUACCACCUCGAUUUCGACACCAGGAACAGAAACAGCUUCUAAAGCGGGGUCAACAGUUGCCUGUUAUAGCUGCAAACCUGGGAUCUGCUACUAAAGUAUUAAACAGCCAACCAGGAGGCAACCCUGUAACAAGUCAACAGCCAGUGACCAACGGAGAGGUGCAGAACAGCAAAAAGCAGUCAGGCAUGCCUCCCAUUCGGGAUUUGGCCAGCCACUCCCCUAACCAGUCAGAUCUGAACCACAGCAGCUUAGGAUCCCAUUAUGAAAAUUCUCACUGGGGACCCAUUUCUUCUAACAGCGACCCCAGCCCAAACUGGGACAAAGUCAUCGUAGACGGCUCUGACAAAGAAGCAUGGCCAUCGAUCACCGGCAGUGACCCAGAGUUGGCUUCAGAAUGUAUGGACACUGACUCUGCCUCUAGCUCUGGGUCGGAGAAAAACCUCACGAUGAUGGCUUCAGGGAGCGCAGGUGGCGAGAACGAGGGAAUUCGGAAUGGCGUGGGCCACGGUUCUCAGAACAAGUUUGUGGUCGGUAGCAACAGCAAUAAUGUGGGCAAUGGAAGUACUAAGGGGCCGUGGGGCUUUUCCCACGGAGCCAUAAUAAGCACAUGUCAAGUUUCUGUGGAUGCUCCCGAUAGCAAACCUGAAAGUAGCAACAAUAGGAUGAAUGCUUGGGGCACCAUAAGUUCUUCAUCAAAUGGAGGGUUAAAUCCAAGCACUUUGAAUUCCAAUGGCAACCACGGUGCCUGGCCUGUAUUGGAGAACAAUGGACAUGCCCUGAAAGGGUCGGGAGGGAGCGGUAAUGCGGGCACAAGUAUUCAGUGCAGUACCAUAGGUCAGAUACCUAACAAUCAGAGUGUUAACUCUAAAGUGGGUGGUUCAGCCCAUGGUUCCUGGGGAAGCCUUCAGGAAAAUUGCGAUGCUGAAGUAAAUGGUACAAGGAAGGUUUCAUUCAGUGGGCAACCUCAAAACCUUAACACUGAAAUGAAUGGACCAAAUAACACUACUAACUUUAUGACCUCUAGUUUACCAAACUCUGUCGGUUCCGUGCAGAUGAACGAACUGCCUGCUAACACAGGGCAUGGGGCCUGGCGUGUGAGCACAAUGAAUCAUUCUCAGAUACAGGCCUCUUCGGUUUCAAACGGCACUUCCGUUUCUCACCUCAGCAACGGUGAGUCCAAAAACGGUGGAUCUUGUGGUACUGCCUGGAGCGCCUAUGCCUCUAAUUACUCUGGAGACAAAUGUUCAGGCCCCAACGGCCAAGCUAAUGGUGACACUGUGAAUGCAACUCUAAUGCAGCCUGGCAUCAACGGGCCUGUCGGCACUAACUUUCCAAUCGGUGGGAAUAAAGGAGGCGGAGGAGGAGGCGGCGGCGGCGGAGGCGUGUGGGAGUCGGGGGUGGUCAACUCCCAGAACAUCCCAUGGGGUGGUGGAGGUAGUUUGAAUCCCGGAGGAAAUCGAAGAGGAUGGGGGAACCCUGCACAAAACACUGGCACUAAUGUAGCCAACGGGGAAUGGAAUAAACUGCCUAGCAAUCAGCAUUCCAAUGAAAGUGUAAAUGGAAACAGUAGGAAGUUUACAAAUGGAUGGAAACCUACCGACGAGGACGACGUCAACGUCAAUAAUCCGAGUUCCGCUCCGUCUCAGCUCGGCGAGCAGAACGACGUGUGGGCCAAAACGACAGGUACGGGGGAGAGCGAAGGUAGUACGGAAAGCACUGGAUGCCACGAGGAAAGAGGGGCGGGGGAAGGACAGAGUAGAGAGAGGAGGAAAGUCGACCAGCACACGUUACUCCAAAGUAUAGUAAACAGAACUGACUUAGACCCACGCGUCCUUUCCAACUCGGGGUGGGGCCAGACGCCAAUCAAACAAAACACUGCCUGGGAUACCGAAGCGUCACCGAGAGGUGAGAGGAAGACCGACAAUGGGACAGAGGCCUGGGGCGGCUCCGGGACACAGACUUCUAACUCGGGGGGAUGUGUGGAGCGGCCCUGCCCCAGCAGCAACGACCCCUCGGCCGUGGCCGGCUGGGGCGAUGCCAAGCCGGCCGCCAGGUGGGGAGACGCCAAAGGCUCCGGCGGCCAGGGUGGGUGGGUCGACGAUUCUGCCGCCGCGGCACCGGUCAAAAGCAAUCAGUCAUGGGGAAGCGGCAAAGACGACAAGCCCACGUGGAGCGACGCCCAGAAGGUCAAACCGGGGUGGGGGGACGGACAGAAGUC